AUGAUGGUCCAUGAUCACAUCCUUUGCUUUUUCUAUGAUAUUGUAUUGGACAGAAGACCCACAAAUAGCUCUACCAUUCCCAAACUUGAGCAGGAGAUUGAUUGCUUUAUGCAUAUCAGCUGGUAGUCAUUUUACAGCAGUGUGAACAUCAGCACCCCAUGUGUGUCAGAGAAAGUCCAUCUGCCAGUUACAGGAGUUGUUGAAGUUGUGCUGGUCUUGUUUCUGGAUCGAUUACAUUAGGAUCGUAGUUAGAUGAAUAACAGUUGAAUAUAGGAUCCGUUUUGGUCUGGAUGAUCGAUAAAAGGCGAUGGAAUGGAGCGUAAAAUUCCUCCAGUGUUCCUGUGAUGCCGAAAAGGAGAGCUACCGGAAACCACGCUUUUCAAGACCGCUAGCCUCCUGGGAGGCGAGUCCCAAUGCCAUGGCCUCCAGUAACGGCUCCUCCCCAGUGCGGCAUCCUGCUGGUGGGGGUCGAGAUGGGAUCUACCGGAAGGAGCAUGGUCCUUCCCCUCCCCGCUGCCGGGGCAUUCGCUCCCUGCCUGACGUUUGCCCCAAGGAACCGACCGGUGAAGGGCGGAGUCUGUGCAAUGGUCCAUCCGUGGUGGCGGAACACGACCGGUGGACAGUGUACAGCUCUAAGGUCAACCUCCCCGCUGCGCUAAACGACCCGAGACUGGCCAAACGAGAGUCAGACUUUUUUACUAAAACAUGGGGGCUGGACUUUACAGAGACAGAGGUCAUGCCCUCUUUCCACCUGCCCAACAUCACCAGGGACCACUUCGGGCCAUACUCGCAGGAAAUGACGCAGAGGGAACGAAUCCACGAACGCUGCAAGACUAUCUGUCCCAGUAAGGAUGAUGUGGAUGCAGUUUGCAGUAUCCCCACCAACCACGACAAAUCCAGAACCGAGCUAGAACAAGUUCCAAAGAUUUUUAUGAGGCCAGAGUUUGCUUUGGAGGAUCCAUCUACUUUCAACACUGUCCUGCCUUGGUCCCAUUUCCACAGUGCAGGGGGGAAAAGCAGAGACGUGGCCUCCUCCAAACUGCUGCAGGAAAAGCUGAGUCACUACCUGGACAUAGUAGAGGUCAGCAUCGCACGGCAGAUCUCACUGCGCUCUGAGGCCUUUUUCCACGCCAUGUCCUCACAGCACAAGCUGCAGGACCAGCUGCAGGAGACGCAGCAGGCGGUGGCUGUCCUGCGGAGCCGGACAGCUGCUAUGGACCGGGUCAUGUGCCAGGGGCCUCUCCGCGCCCUCCGCACUGCGCUGACUCGCAACAACUGCGUGAAGCUGCACAACAAGCUGAAACUGAUGGCAGCGGUGCAUCAGACACAGCCCACCGUGCAGCUGCUGCUCUCUACCUCAGAGUUUGUAGGGGCGCUGGAGCUCAUCUCCACCACCAAGGAGGUGCUGCAGCAGGAGCUGCAGGGAAUCCACAGCUUCAGACAUCUGGGCUCCCAGCUGUGUGAGCUGGAGAAGCUGAUCGACAAGAUGAUGGUGGAGGACUUUACCAUGUAUGCCCGCAGCGAUCUGAUCCGCAGUUUAAAGGAGGAGCCACAGGUGCUGGAGAAGGUUCAUAAAUCAAAUGCUGACUCUCAAAAGGAGCGUCUGGAGUCGCUGGUGUUUGGUCUGCUGCGGCAAAGGAAGCUGGACUUCUUGGAUAUUUACACUGAUGAGAUGGUCACAGCUGCUAAGGCCAUUGUCUCGCAGUGUGUGGCAGAGUGUGUUGUGCACAUUGAAGAGAUUAACACCGAAGUCAUCGUUAAGCUAGCUGACCAGAUGCGUCUGAUGACAUUCCCUCAGUGGUUUGAGCUGCUAGAAAACAUCUUUGAGAGUUUUCUUCUCUUCCUGCAGAGGAUCAAGGAUACUUUAAACGUGAUCAGGAGUGUAGUUCUUCAGGUUCUGUCUUUAAACCGAAAGAAUCGACUCCUGGCUGAAACCAGUUCCGGGCCAGUGGACCAAGAUGCCUGCCUGGGUUCAUCUGCAUUGCAAGGGGAAGCUGAGCUAGCUUAUCUCACCCAUGAGGGCCUGUUCAUCAGUGACGCGUUGAAUGAAGCUCAGCAGCAGCAGGAGUCGGGGACUGUAGGUCAGGAUCAGCGCUUAGCAGUGGGCUCAAGGUUCCAGCAGAACCGGACUGAAACCACUGCAGAAAGCGACUCUUCCUUCGGAAUCCCAGCGAUGUCUGCUGGCGCAGAACACAGCUUCAUCUCUGGUGAGAACUUGAUACCAACUGAGCUGGAGCUGAACCAGGUGAACAGUAGCCUCCAGGAGCUGCUGUAUAAGGCCUCUGACGUUAGCCACGACCGCUGCGUUAAAGUCCUUACGGCCAGAGCCAAGGACGGUUCCCUGGAGCGCCUGAGUUCGGCGGAGUUUGUGUCUCUCUCUCAGGCGGUGGAGGGGUUUGUCCGGGGUACAGAGCAGCUGUGCAGCAGGCGAAGUAUCUCCCUGAGGGGGGCGCUGCAGAGCCAGGCCAAUCGCUUUGUCAACCGUUUCCAUGAAGAGCGAAAGACCAAACUCGGCCUCCUCCUGGAUAAUGAGCGCUGGAAGCAGGCAGAGGUUCCGACAGAGUUUCAGGAUCUGGUCAACUCCAUUGCUGACGGCAAAAUAUCACUUCCAGAGCGCAAAGUUUCAGGCCCAGAGGAAAGAAAACCUGCAGAGUUUCUGCUUGUUAACGGCCAGAAAUAUGCUGUUGUUGGAACUGUUUUGCUGCUGAUCCGGAUCUUCCUGGAAUACUGUCAGUGUGUGAACGACAUCCCGUCCAUCACCACAGACAUGCUAACACGUCUGUCAGACCUGCUCAAGCACUUUAACUCCCGCAGCUGCCAGCUGGUUCUUGGAGCAGGAGCUCUGCAGGUCGUCGGCCUCAAGACAAUCACUACAAAAAACCUGGCAUUAGCAUCACGCUGUCUGCAGCUGGUGGUUUACUACAUUCCCAUCAUCAGAGCUCAUUUUGAGACCAAACUGCAGCCCAAACAGUUCAAUGUUCUCAGACACUUCGACCACAUAACGAAGGACUACAAUGAUCACAUAACUGAAAUAUCUGCUAAGCUGGUGGCCAUCAUGGACAGUCUGUUUGAGAAGUUUUUAUCAAAGUAUGAAGUGAAGGCCCCGAUGCCGUCGGCCUGCUUUAGAAACAUCUGUAAACAGAUGGCCAAGAUGCAUGAAGCCAUCUUUGAUCUUCUGCCUGAAGAACAGACUCAGAUGCUGUUUCUGAGGAUCAAUGCCAGUUUUAAAAUGCACUUGAAGAGGCAGCUGGCUCGACUCGGGGUCAGUAAUGAUGGAGGACCGCAGCAUGGGCUUGUGGUGGUGGAUGUGGCCUUCUACACGGAGAACAUCCAGGCCCUGAAAACCCUUGAGCAACUUGACCUAAACAUGGCUGAGAUCUGGGAGCAGAAGAGGUGAUGGAGGAGCAGAGUCUGGACCUCCAGAUCAAACUGUACGGUGCACCCAGAAACACGGGGCGAUCUUGGCCAAAAGUGGCUGUCUGAGAUGGAGACAGAGGAGACCCCGCAGGGACCAAAACCACUAUUCUAGGUGAAGAGGAGCAGUGGCAGCGAGCUGGAACUUCGACAACCUCAAGGAAUAAAAACAUCAUACACAACCUCUGUCAGACAAUUGCCACCUAAUCCCUCUGUGUGCAGUUCAACAGAAAUACUAGUAAAUUAUUGGAGAGGGUUAGUGGGAUGAAGGAAAACAAAUGGUGGGGUAAUUUAUUUUUCUGACUUCUUGCAAACAUUCUUAACCGGGAUGAAGUUUUCCUUCAGAUAAUGGUGGAAGUAAAGGGUUUUUCUUACUUUUAUACUAACAAGCAGCUUUUUUGGGACUUGCUGUGAUGGGGAAAUCCUGAUCCUGAAGAAUUGAAAAUAUCUCUUACUGUGAACGUGUCACAAACCUCAGCCUCAUCCUGUUGUUACCAAAGUAAAACUGUUUCUAAUGAGGGGAUUCUGCUGUUUAACAAAUCAUGCAUCAUUUCUUCUUUAGCCUUGGCUAUUCAGGCCCACUUAUUGUUAUGAUUACAGAAGAAAGGAGAGCAAUUAUUAGUACAUUGGAAAGCUAUGGAUGAGGGCGUUACUCCGCUCCAUGUUUUUGGUUCCUCAAACUGAGUUUUUUUGUUGUUUUUUUUUACCAACUGUUAAUCGGCACAAUGCCAUUUGCACUGGCUGUUAAGAAUCAGAACAUGAUGAAGAGGAGGGCUGAGACCAGUUUCCAUAUGGGCUCUGCUGCUUGUAGCUUUUCACUGGCAGGUUCUGAAACAGUUGGAUUUAAAAUCCCCCACUGGUUAUGGUUCUGUACAUUGAGUUCUGUUCAGGAACUGCUGCCUCUCUACAAUCUCAGUUUAAGGGAAAAUAGAGGAUCUUUGUUCUCCUACAAAGAAAAAAAAAUACUGUAAAACUCCAGAAUGAUGAAGCUUCUAAACAUUGGAUGGGGCUGUGACUGUUCAGUGAAUCAGUAGUGUGUGUUUGUGUGUGUGCAGUUGCUGAUACAGUUUUGAAGUCGGUGAACUACGUGAGCACAUCAGUCUCCUGUGUGACACUCAAAACAUAAAUGCUCAUCACUGUUUGCUUCAGAAGUGCCUCCUUUUGAUCAGCUGUUAGAGACGACACAUCUGAGCUCUUCAAUACAGUGUGCCUACCAUACCACUGUGUGUCUGUGCAAGGGAGAGAAUGACUGAGUCUGCAAGCAUGUAUGAGAGUCCAAACGAUGUUGAUUUCUUCAAUCCUGCUGUGAAUAAAAUGGAAUGAUCAAU